CGCAAGGUACUCCGUGACAACAUCCAGGGAAUUACCAAGCCGGCCAUUCGUCGGUUAGCCCGCCGUGGAGGUGUCAAGCGUAUUUCUGGUCUCAUCUACGAGGAAACCCGUGGCGUGUUGAAGGUGUUUUUGGAAAACGUCAUCCGUGACGCCGUCACCUAUACCGAACACGCCAAGAGAAAGACGGUAACCGCAAUGGACGUUGUCUACGCUUUGAAACGUCAAGGACGUACCCUGUACGGUUUCGGAGGAUAAAUCUUCUCGUUUGUCUUGCAAAUUGUUCUUAAUCUACAAAAAAAAAGGCCCUUUUCAG